AUGUCCACUUCAAUUCCCACCGACUCCACCCCCACCCUGACCGUCUACGACAUCCUCAUGCGCCAGCCAGUGCAACAAAACGCCUGCUCCCCGAACCCAACAAAGGCCCGCCUGACACUGAACUUCAAGUCCAUCCCCUACAAAACAACCUGGGUCGACCUGCCGGACGUCGCCUCAACCCGAAAAUCCCUCGACAUCCCCGCAGGCCGCAAGUUCGCCGACGGAAGCGAGUUCUACACGCUCCCUGUGCUCGUCGACAGCGCCACGGGCUCCAAAAUAGGCGACUCCUUCGACAUCGCCGUGUACAUGCACGAGACCUAUCCCAGCGCCGGCGGAACCCUGUUCCCCGAAGGAGCUGACGUAAAGCUGGAUUUCCGGACCAGCAACACCGCAAUGCUCGUCCCGCUCUCGGACCUCAGCGAGACCGCGCGCCAGGAGAAAUACGUCCGCUACGCUGAAUUCAACACGCACGUUGACGCCGCGUUCACCGCGCACACGAUCCUCAAUGUCAUGGGGAUCCCGUUUAACCCGGACACUGAGGAGGUGUCGAAGGCGGAGUUCUGUCGGCGGGCGGGGAUGCCGUCGUUUGAAGCUUUUGAUGUGACUGGUGAGGCGCGGAAGGGGAUUAUGGCAUCGUUCAAGGAGACGCUGGGGGAUCUGGCGAGGGUGUUUGGGCGUGAUACGAGCGGGCCGUUUAUCCUGGGGAGUGAGCCCUGCUAUGCGGAUUUCAUUGUGGGUGGGUGGUUGCGGAUGUUUAGUGUUUGUUUGCCUGGGGAGGAGUGGGAGGAGGUUCGGGGGUGGCAUGGGGGUGUUUUUGGGGCUUUGUUCGAUGGCUUGAGGGGGUUUUAUGAGAUUAAAUAG